AUGCAUUUUUCGCCAGUUGGGCUAAUAGAAAAGAAAACUAAAGGAGAAUUUAGGUUUAUACAACAUCUUUCAUAUCCAGAAGGCUUUUCCAUCAAUGAUGGGAUUCCCAGAGAUCUUUGUUCCGUUCAGUAUCAAUCAAUUGAUGAUGCAGUAUCUCUAAUUCAAAAGUUCGGCCCCGGGGCAUACAUGGCUAAAACAGAUAUCGAAAAAGCAUUUAAAUUGGUACCCAUAGCUCCAGACUCGCAACAUCUACUCGCCUUCACACAUUUAGACAAUAUAUAUUAUGACAAAACUUUGCCCAUGGGACUGUCUUAUUCUUGCUCCCUUUUUGAAAAAUUUUCAACAGCACUGCAAUGGAUUGCAACAGAAAAACUUGGUGUGCCAGGUUGUGUACAUAUCUUGGAUGAUUUUAUGUUUGUCUCACCCCCACAAUAUCAUUUAUGUUUAUCUUCUCUCCAAUCCUUCCUUAGGCUAGCAGAUGAACUUGGUGUGCCCAUAAAAGAUGAGAAAACUAUGCUCCCAGACACAGUGAUGUCCUUCAUGGGAAUUGAACUAGAUUCAACCCGAAUGGUAAAACGAUUACCUUUAGAUAAAAUAGAAAAAAUUCGAUCUAGGUUACACUCUCUUAAGUUCAGACGAAAAAUCACCCUGGAAGAGCUCCAGUCACUCAUAGGCUUGCUAAACUUUGCUUGUGCUGUGAUUACGCCAGGGAGGUGUUUUUUGCGUAGACUUAUUGACCUAACAAUAGGGCUAAAGAAACCACACCACAAACGUCGUCUGACAGCUGAAGCGCAUGCUGAUCUUAAGGCUUGGACAGUUUUCAUAGAUGAAUUUAAUGGAACAGCCAUAAUGCUAGAUAAUGCAUUGGCAAUAUAA